AUGGAGACCGUGCAGCGGCAGGGCUUCCAGCCGCACCCGGGCCUGCAGCAGACCCUCAGACAGUUCCACCUGAGUUCCAUGAGCUCCCUGGGGGGCCCCGCGCGCUGGCAGCACGAGCUGCUGUUCCAGAAGGAGGGCAAAGAGCCGGAGCUGCAGCUGCACCUCCCGGGCCCGGUGCUCCCGGGGCCGCUCCUGGUGCCCUCAGACUGGUCCACGGAGCGCUGCGAGACGCUGCUGGAGGCGGAGAGCAUCUCGUGCUUCGUGGUCGGCGGAGAGAAGCGGCUGUGCCUCCCGCAGAUCCUCAACACGGUGCUGCGGGACUUCAGUCUGCAGGACAUUAACGCGGUGUGCGACGAGUUGCACAUCUACUGCUCCCGCUGCACCGCGGAGCAGCUGGAGAUCCUGAAGGUGCUCCGGGUGCUGCCCUUCUCCGCGCCCUCAUGCGGCCUCAUCACGCAGACGGACUCCGAGCGUCUGUGCAGCGCGCUCAUCUAUGGAGGCGUGCUGCCGCCGGGAGCAGGGUUUCCUCCGUGCUCCGGGUUCCUGCCGCUGCAGCGCUCGGAGCUCAGCUUCGGGGUGUAUCACGAGUGCUUCGGUCGGUGCAACGGGGAAUUCGUACCGGAGCUGUACGUCAGUCCUGCCGCCCCCUGCGUGCAGUGUGCGGACUGUAGACUCAUGUUCGCGCCCCGCAGGUUUGUGACCCACAGCCACGCGGCGCAGGAGAAGCGCACCGUGCACUGGGGCUUCGACUCCUCCAACUGGAGGAGCUACAUACUCCUGGAGGAGCUGCAGGAGGAGCGGGGCAUCAGGCAAAAGGAGGAGCAGAGCCUCAGACAGAAGGAGGAGCGGGAGCAGCUGGAGAGGAGGCUCGAGACCCAGAAACACAAGUUUGACUUCAGCAACAAACCACACAGACCCUGCAGACACCGCUCAGACCCUGCAGACACCGCUCAGACCACAGACACCGCUCACACCACACAGACCAAGUUCAUCAGAAAAGAGUUUUACAGUCGAGUUUACACAGUGGUGCUCGAGGAGUCCAGAGGAAGAGGAGUUUCUGACCUCAAUGUGUUUCAGGGCGGGGGCAGGGAGACAGCAGAUGGAAUUGGAAAAUGCGUCUAUUUCUCAGAGCUCAUGCGAAUCUUCUCCUAG